AUGUCCUCGCCCAAACCCGCACCAAGUCUCGAGAAAGCUCCCACCUCACCUCCCUCAGACUCGGACGAUGACCAAGAGACCUUCCACGACGCAGCUACGCAUUUCUCGCCCGAAGACGAAGCGACCCUCCUGGCCGAAUCCAACGCCACCAAAGCCGAAGCCAACACCCUCUUCGCGCAGAGAGACUACGCGCAAGCCAUCUCCACCUACGACCGCGCCCUAUCCUCCUGCCCCAACUACCUGGACUACGAGCUCGCCGUGCUGAAGUGCAACAUCGCCGCCUGCCACCUCUACCUGGAACACUGGAAAAACACAAUAGACAGCGCCACCGAAGCGUUGGAGAAUCUCGAGCGACUUGACCCGCUACCCGAGCAGAGCAGGGGUGACAAGCAGCAGCAGCAGCAGCAGGAGGAAAAGCAGAACGGCACAGCCAAACCCACGCGCAGCCUCGGCAAAGAAACCAGCAGCAGCGACGACACCGUGGUGGAGAUCCCACCGGACGAAGACGAAGCCGCCGCUCUCCACCGCCUCACCAACUCCGACGCCCGCCUCGCCGACAUCCGCCGCAUCAGGAUAAAAUCGCUCCUCCGCCGCGCCCGAGCCCGCCAUCGUCUAGCCACCUGGUCCUCCCUCACCGGCGCACAGGAAGACUACACUUUGCUUCAAUCCUUGCACACCGCCGCCACCACCACCACUAAAUCAUCACUCCAUACCCAGAACAUUGCCUCCCAAGAUCUCCGAACCGUCCGCGAUGCCCUGGCCCGGCUACCCGCUGAGAUCGACAAAGCCAAGGACAAGGAGAUGGGCGAGAUGCUAGGCAACCUCAAGGAUCUGGGCAAUAAGAUCUUGAGCCCCUUUGGCUUGAGCACGGAUAAUUUUAAGAUGGUCAAGGAUGAGAAGACGGGCGGCUACAGCAUGAAUUUCGAGCAGGGUGCCAAGUAG